CGGUUUCAGUCUAAACUAUAUAAAAAGUAUAAAUUUAGGAACUAUUUAUGCAAAUAAUUUUAAUUUGAUAUCAGUUGAAAAGUUUAUUCCGUUCAAACCUAGUUGGUUCGACACGCAAACACACUCUAUUCUGCUAACUUCCUUUUUCUCCGUAACAGCAUGUAUUUGUUUAUCUUGAUUCUAAAAACAAAAACUAUAAAUGGAAUUUCAAAGUAACGAAGGAAUUCACGAAAGUUACAAAGUGAUAUAUUUGUAAAACAUUCCAGUGAACAUAGUUUUUUUUUUUUAUAUUAGGAUAGAAAGUAAUCGUUUUUAUUUUUGUUUGGUCACAUGAGAAAAUAAUAGAAAACAUAUGGCACAACCUUUCUUCGUACCUUGGUGGUUUUCUAGAUAUUUGUCAUCAGUAGUUAAAAAUUAGAAAGAGAUUUAAGAAUAAUUGAGCUUCUCCUAUGUUCGUCAUACUAAUUUACUUACUAGCAUUGUAUAUCUUCCAUUUUAAUACUCUAAGACUGACAGCAUGACUAUUAUCAAACGUGCAACUGAAAGUGAAGAUGAUUUUGAAGGAGACGUUUAUGGUUUUUCCGACGAAGAAACUCAACUUUUGGAUAAAGACUUGAAGCUCGAUGUUGAAUCUAAUAGUGAUGGGGAGAGAAAAUAUCCCAAGUCUGUAUUCUUCAUUCUCGGCAAUGAGUUUUGUGAAAGAUUCUGCUUCUAUGGAAUGCGCACAAUUCUCAUGAUUUAUUUCACGAAGCAGCUCCUUUACAGUGAAAACACAUCCACCAUGCUGUACCAUCUGUUUGUUAUGCUUGCCUAUUUUACUCCUGUUUUGGGUGCCAUCAUUAGCGAUUCCUGGCUAGGAAAAUUUAGAACUAUUCUCUAUGUUUCAAUUAUUUAUGUAAUUGGAAAUAUUGUGCUUUCUGUUGGAGCUUUCCCGUUUUCUUUGGAUCUUAUGAGGACUGUCAGUCUUUUGGGACUUGUCGUGAUUGGUAUUGGAACUGGAGGAAUAAAACCAUGUGUCUCGGCAUUUGGAGGAGAUCAGUUUCAUCGAGAUCAGGUUCAACAGCGUGAACGUUUCUUUUCUAUAUUUUACUUCAUGAUAAAUUGUGGUAGUGUUUUUUCUACACUUUUAACUCCUGUUCUCAGAUCAGAAUCAUGUAUGGGUCAAGAAACUUGCUUUCCAUUAGCUUUUGGGGUACCAGCAGCAUUAAUGGUUGUUGCUUUGAUCCUGUUCCUUUUGGGAAAACCUCUGUAUAUCAUAGAACAGCCUAAAGGAAACGUGUUGACAUCAGUUGUUGGGUGUAUGUUUCAUGCAAUAAAAAAGAAAUUCAGCAGCAGUGAAAAGAAGAAAGAUCACUGGUUAGAUUAUGCUGAAGAUAAAUAUGAUAAAAAAUUGAUCGCAGACAUCAAGAUCGUGUUGCAUAUUCUUGUACUCUACAUACCAUUGCCUAUUUUUUGGGCACUAUUUGAUCAAACAGGUUCUCGAUGGACAUUACAGGCAACAAAAAUGGAUGGAGAAUUUUUUGGCACAACCAUUAAACCUGAUCAGUUACAAGCUGCAAAUCCUAUAUUGAUCCUCAUUUUCAUUCCACUUUUUGACUAUGUUGUGUAUCCAGUACUUGGGAAAUGCAGAUUACUCACAAAGCCAUUACAACGAAUCACCAUUGGAGGAUUGCUUGCUGCCGUUUCUUUUGUAGUUGCUGGAUUUCUGGAGCUGGGUGUUGAGAGUACUUUACCAGUCCUACCGCAACCUGGUUUUAGUGAACUAACCAUUAUGAAUUUAAAUCCCUGCACAGUCAACAUCACUGAACCUGAACACUAUCUACUUAAAGCAAAUGAAACACACUCUUUUAGAGACCUAAAAUUUAAUGACACAAAAUCUUGGACUUUUAUGGCUGUUGAAGGAGAACCAGGAUGUGAUUUUCAGAAAACUGUUGAAAUUACUAAUAAGAAAUCUAUCCAAACUGCAUUUCUACUUAAUGACGAAAAUCAAUUUGAUAUACAAAUAGGUGCAGAUGAAAAAUCUAAAUCAAAGGAAGCUCUGGCUAAAGUUCGAAUAUUUUUCUCAAUUAAAGAUAUUCCUAUAAACGCUACAUUUAAAUUUGUUGGGCCCAAAACAUAUUUUGUUUCACCAGAUAAUGAAACUGGAAGUUCUGACAUUGGUCGAACAGAUUAUGCAUCUUUUGAACCUGGAAACUAUAAAUUUUAUUUGCCUUUCAAUGAAAGUUCCCACUUAGAAGACCUACUUGGAGAAGCUAAAUUUCAGUCUGGUGGCUCUUAUAUUGUUGGAAUUGUUAAAAGUGAUGAACACUCGAAUUUAUUAAUAACCACAUUAGUACUACCUAAUUCCGUUCCCAUUUUGCUACAAAUACCACAAUAUGUAAUCCUUACUGCGGCAGAAAUUAUGUUUUCCAUUACAGGAUUGGAGUUUUCAUAUUCUCAGGCUCCAUUAUCAAUGAAAUCUGUCCUACAAGCUGCUUGGUUAUUGACAGUUGCAUUUGGCAAUUUAAUUGUUACUAUAGUGGCAGAAACAGAACUUGUAGAAAAAAAGUCCUCUGAAUUGUUCAUGUUUGCCAUUCUUAUGGGAAUAGAUAUGCUUAUUUUUGCUGUCAUGGCUUAUUUCUACAAAUAUGUAAAAGUACAUACCUACAGUGAGGAAAGAAGUGGAGACAAAUCACGAACAAACACCACAAAUGGAAAAGUAAAUGAUGCUUAUGUAGAAGAAACAGACUUUACUAAAUGAAAAUGAGUCUUUUUCUUUUAGCUUUCUCAUGUAAAGAGCAUGAUCUAAUGACAAUUGCAUUUUUUAAGCAAUGAAACUAUGUAUAUCUGUGUAAAUUAUUAUUUUGUAAAUAAAGAAGCAUUGAAGUGUCUUAUAUUUAUGUGAUGUGCAAAUGCUGUGUUAUGCUGUUAAAAUAUAAAUAUUUUACAUUUAAUGGUAUGAUAAAAAAUUGCUGUAUUUAUUUUAGUGAAAGAAUGUGAUUUGAAAUAGAAAUACUGUUUUAGUUAACUUAUUAUUUUUUUUACUAUUAUAAACUUGCUACUAAAUGAGACUAAAUCAACUAAUUUAUUAUUUAUUUAUUUUUAUAAAAGACUUUUUUAAUUCUAUAUUUCCUUGUAAAUUGUUCUGUAGAUAUGCAUCACAUUUCCAUAUGUUUUAAAUGUUUUACAAAAAAUAUUGUAUGCUAUUAAUUCUUUAUUAACCAGUUGUAUACGGAAAUCAAUUGAAAAAAUAUAUUUUUAUAUCAAGCACUAAAAAAAUAAAUGAAAGCUAUAUAAAAAGGUAUAGCUAAGAAUUAUUGAACAGUAUGUAUUUCAAAGAAUGUAUGCAAUUUAUGUCAAUGUUCUUACAUUACAAAAAUUUUCAUUGUAAGUUUAAAUAAUUUAAUUCCAUUUCAUAUAUAUAUAUGCAUGUUAUAAAACUAUCCGUUUAUGCAAAAUAAAACUAAGCUGAAAGUAAGAUUUCUUAAAUAUUGGAAUUUCUAGAAGGUAUCAGUUAAAAAAUAUCAGUUAUGCCUCUUUUUGCAUUUUUAACAUGUGUAUUGCAUAGAGUAGAAAAUUAUUUCUAACAUUUUGUAUACAUUUUUAAAGUUGUAAAAUAUUUUGUCAAAUGUAAACACUGAAAUUUCUAGAAUUUCACUUUAAUCUUUUGUACUCUAAGCAUCUGUUUUUUUCUUUUAAAAUAACUGAAGCAUUAAGAAGUUAUUGUGUGAUAUUGUGCGUACCAAUUAAUAGCUACUACUUUUGUAGGAAAAAAAAUUUCUAGUGCAAUGACUGUUCAAAAUUUUAUAUCUGAUAUGCUGUUCAUCUUUUUAUUAUAAUAGAAUGAAUAUAUAAUAUUUUCAGAAAUUUCUACUAAUGAUAAUUAUAUUUUUUCAUAGCCAAUGAGAAAAUAUUUAGAGGCCAAUAUUAAUCCUUUGCUCAAUAUUUAUGUUUAAUACUUAUGCUGCUGUUUCAUUUUUUAAAAAUAUAUAUAACAUUUCGUUUUAUUUAAACAUAAUAUAUUGUACUUCUGUAAAUAAAGUAUGUAUUUUUGUUAAAAAUUCAAAAAUGUGUACACAGUCUUCCUUUUGAACAUAGAUUCAAAAUAUCUAUAAAAAAAAUUUUGCUACUUCUAACAGAAGUAUUUGUAUAUAAUUGUAUUUUGUUAUUUUUCAAUUUUUUGUAUGCUUAUAUAUUUUUUUCUUCAUAUAAUAUAUAAAAUGUUAAAUAAACAUUCCAUUUAAAUGUCUUA